AUGCAGAGUGUGUUUGCCUAUGGACGUAUAUUUUCGCGAGCCGUAGCCAACGGCAUCUACACAGUCAGCACCGGUGGAGGAGGAGGUGGACAGCAGACGUCUCCAUCUUCUUCUUCGACGACAGCAGCAGCGAGUAGUACUCCGUCGUCAUCAUCGUCGUCGUCCUCGCCUCCCCCCUCUUCAUCUUCUUCUUCCUCUUCCUCUUCCUCUGAUGCCUCCUCCUCCUCCUCCACCUUCGUCGUAUCGAGUAGCAGGAGGCCUACGACGACCACCACCAGCAGGAAGAAGCUGAGGUUCCUGACGGCCGUCAGUGGCUUCCCGAAGAACAGGACCCUCGAGAAAGUCAAGCCUGGCAAGUUCGGCGACGACGCCUACUUCGUGGUCAAGCACGCCAAGGGCGACGUCAUAGAUAAGUUAAUACUGGCUGAAUUUUUUUAUAUUCCCAGAGAUAAGGGAACUGUUUCUGUGCCUGCAGUAGCUAUGAAAACAUCAUGCUGA